AUGGAGACGCUCACCUCCCAAUUCCUGGCGUUGUCGCGCGCUCCGGAUGGAAUCGUGGAUCUCAAUUGCGACCCCUGCCAAGUGUGUGCGAGUGCCGCCAAGCAGGUGACUGGAGUAGCAAGCGAAUACUUGAGGACGGUCCCCAGAAUAGAGAUCUCUUUCCACGGCAACGAGCGUGCCCGCACGCUUCCUCUGAUCCCACAAUAUCUUCUCUACAUCGUCGCCGAGCUUUUGAAGAACAGUCUACGUGCAGUUGGCGAACAGUUUGAGGCAAGUCCAAAUGGUCGAAGUGAGCCCGAACCGGUUCAGAUCCGCGUGGCAAGCGACGAGUCCCAGGUUGCUUUGCUGGUGACGGAUCGGGGUGGUGGCAUCCCGUUCCAGCGGCAGCCGCAUGUCUGGAGCUACAUGUACUCCACCGCAAGGGGAAACCAAGUCUGCGAGGCCACCGGCCGUGUUCUGCAAGAGGGCUCUGCGCCAACCUCCUUUUCGGGAUAUGGUGUCGGAUUACCCUUGUCGCGCCUCUAUGCUGAGUACUUGGGUGGUUCGCUGCAUUUGAUGUCAAUGCCCAACUUCGGCACCCACGCCUACGUUUUUCUACAGCAAAGCUCUGACCGAGCCGAAGCGUUGCCCACUUACGUGAACUGGCUGCGCAAACGCCGUUUGCGGGAAGAUAUUCUGAAGUAUGAGUCGCAAGAGAAACUUGCAGCGGCAGCACGCGAUUAUGCAGAAGCCCUUCGCUGCAAGAGCCUGGCAUCUGAAGCCAUGAUCGAGCUUUCCACCUUGGAAGGCUGA